AUAGCGUCCAGGUGAGAUGGUGUUUAUAAAGCACCAGCCUGGCAGCAACACACACACAUUAAUACAGCAGAUAACAGAGCUGAUAAAGUACAGACUGCCAGACUUUUUCAUUGGAGGAACACAACAUGAGAAUACUUUUACUUGUAGCUGCCUUAGCUGCGCUAUCACAGGCCCAGACUGACUGCUCUCGAGGGGCUUGUUACCCACCCAGCAAUGACCUACUCCUAGGGAGGGCUGACCGGCUCCAAGCCUCCUCCACCUGUGGCAUUACAGGCUCCGAGGUCUACUGCACCCCAUACGAACAGAGACGGAUGAAGUGCUGUCCAUGCGACUCCAGGAACCCAGAUGGUCCCCUGGCCCACACUGUCCAGGAUGUCCUGUCCACUUCUGGACCAGAUAGAUGGUGGCAGUCCAGGAAAGAGGUGAAUCCAGUCACUCUUGAGUUUGACCUCGGCAACCUGUUCCAGCUUGACAACCUGGUGCUCAACUUCAAGGGUCCUCGUCCCAGUAACUUCAUCAUAGAGAGGACACUGGAUAAUGGCAGGACGUGGCAGCCCGCUCUCUACUUGGCUACAGACUGUCAAAAAGCUUUUCCUGGCGUCCCCACAAGGACACCUCUUAGCCUGGAAGACACAUACUGCUACACACUGCCCCCUACAGGAGCAAACCCAUACCAAGAUCACAGAAUCGAGUUCAGUCCUUUGCGUCAGUAUGCUUAUGUCCCAGCUCCCAACAGCCAAAAAAUUGAAGAUGUGUCUGGGUUAACUGGGCUGAGGGUGAGGAUGACAGAACUUGGCGAUGUGCCACGUCUACCAGGCAGAGCUCUCAGUAGAUUUUACGCCCUCAGGGAGAUGAGAGUGAUGGGCAGCUGUAUGUGCCAUGGACACGCCAACCGAUGUCUGCCAGAGACCAACAACUACCCACUGUCCAACAGCAUACAGGUGAAUCCUCAGUGUGACUGCCAGCAUAACACAGCAGGUGUAAACUGUGAACGUUGUGCUGCUCUCUACAAUGAUCUGCCCUGGAGACCUGCAGUGGAGGGCAACACUCAUACCUGCCAACGCUGCGAGUGUAACAACCACGCCGAGCGCUGUCAUUUUGAUGAGGCAGUGUACGAGGCCAGCGGGCGGAGGAGUGGAGGUGUGUGCACGGGUUGCAUGCACCACACCACAGGACCUAAGUGUGACCAGUGCGCCCCAGGCUACCAGCCAAACCCCAACAGCCGAAUGGACCGUCCUGAUGCCUGCAUACGCUGUAUCUGCAGUGCUGAGGGGACAGUGAAUGGAGGCCGGUGUGAAGACAGCACCGGCUCAUGUCAGUGUAAAGCGAACGUUGGAGGUCCCCGCUGUGAUCGCUGCAAGAGAGGAUACUACAACCUGAGUGCCUCCAACCCUCUGGGCUGCACCAAAUGUUCCUGUUCUUCAGACGGUUCACUGUCAGAUGAUUGUGACUCUGUAACUGGACAGUGUCCAUGUCGUCCCCACUUCCACGGUCUGACCUGUGACGUGUGUUCAAAAGGAUACUGGAAACCACUGCUGUCAGGACACUGUGAAGCCUGUGGCUGUGACCCCACCAGGUCUUACAGUGAUACUUGUGACCAGGUGACAGGUCAGUGUCGGUGCAGACCAGGCUUUGGAGGCCGAACAUGUACUGAGUGCGCAGACAACACGUAUGGAAACCCUCUGUUAGGCUGUCAACCGUGCCGCUGUGAUGUUGAAGGAACUCUUCCAGAAGUUUGCAACAAGCAAACAGGAACCUGUUUGUGUCGGCCAGGCGUCACCGGGGCCCGCUGCGACUCCUGCAGUCGUGGACACUGUGACUCCUUCCCUGCCUGCGAAGCAUGUCCCUCCUGCUACUUCACCAUGGACGCUCAGAGACGGAACCUCAGCUUAGCCUUAGAGAGACUGUCCCCCAGCUUCCCUUCUCCUACUAGACCUACUGUCAAUCAAAAUUUCGGGCCUCGCAUCCGUGCCCUGGAGGCCAGCCUGAAUGUGAUCAGGAACUCCAUCUCCCUUACGCCCAGUGUAGUCAGACAGGUCGAUGAUGCUCUGUCCAAACUGGACAAGCUCAGGGACAAGGUGGACGAGGUUGACAAUGACCUUGCACCCCUGGUGAUAACUCGUGGUCUGGACUCAGAGCUGAACAAACUUCAGGAUCUGCUGGACCGCCUCACUGUGGAGUACGAAACCAAGAAAAAUGCAACGGUGCACAUUGUCCAUCCCGACAAUACAGGAGCGUUUUCUGCCAUCAAGAAAGCGUACGAUGAGUCUACAGAUGCAGCAAAGAAAGUGGAUUCCAUUGGAAAAACUGUGAAGCAGUCUGCUGAUAUCAGAGAUGAGACAACUGACCUUCACCAGCAAGUCCAGCCAGGCAACACCAGAGAUCUGGACCAACUGAACCAGAACAUGGCCCGACCUGACCUCACUCCUGUUGCCAAACAGGUAUGCGGCAGUGUUCGCUCAGAGCCCUGCACCCCUCUGCAGUGUGAGGGUGGAGAGUUGUGUCCACCGGAGGGAACCCCGCCUUGUAAAAAGGGAGAAAUGUGCGUUGGUGCCCUGCCACUGAGUAAGAGGGCUGACGCUGACGUGAAGGAUGUAAAAGACCGACUGGAGAAGCUCGCUGGGAAGAUCACAGAGGCUGCAGAGAAGCUCCAGGACACACACGACACAACCAACCAGGUGAGACAGUCUGCAGAGAAGCUGUCCAAUAAGAUGAAGCAGGCCAGAGAUGAGCUAGAGGAAGAUUUAAAGGAGACGCGUGACAUUGUGAAAGAGCUCAAAGAUUUCCUGUCAGACCCAUCCUCCAACUUGACCCACAUCCAGGAGGUGAGUGACUGGAUCCUGAAAGCCAAACUGCCACUCAGCCUGGCUGCUCUGAAGAGGAAGCUGGAUGAGUUGAAGAAUCUGGCGGCCAACCUACCAGACAGCACGGCCGUGCUGAACGAGGCAGAGCCACAGCUGGACACCGCCAGGAAACUGCUAAAGGAAGCUCAGGACGCCAGGAACACGGCAGUGGGAGUAAAGGCUGAUGUGGAUAAGAAGCUGACAGAGUUUGACACGUUGGAAAACUCCCUCCCUGACGUGAAGAACAAACUGACGAGCAGCAUGGAUAUCAUAGACAAUGUGAACUACAACCUAACUAAGGCCAAAGACCAGCUGAUUCCAGCAGAGAAGGCUCUGGAUGAUGUAUUGUCAUUGAUAAAGCCGAUGAAACCUCAACUGGACGAGCUCAAAAAUCUGCUGCAGAGAGGCAGCGAGAAGGCCCUGGGUGCAAAGGACAACGCAGACGAUGCUGAAGAUAACGCUGCUUUGGCAGAAAAGGACCUGUUGUCUUUACAGAAGCAGCUGGAUAAUCUUAAAAAAGUGAUUCCACCCAGUGGGUCGGGUGGAGAGUCAGGGCCAGUGGGGGAUCGCCUGGCAAAGCUGCAGCAGGAUGCUGGAGGUCUGGCCAACACCACAGAAAACAUGUUGAAGGCUCUGGAAGGUAAAGGAGAUUCUCUCCGGCAGCUGCAGGACGAAGUCCUUCAGAAGUCAGCAAAACUCGAAGGACUCGAUGAAAAGCUUAGAGAUCUUUUGGCAAAACUCAGAAAGAAAGCCUCCGACCUCAGCACCUGCCAGGGCUAGAAGUCACCAAGCUGCCCUCUGAGCGGCAUCAGCAGCUGCUCUCAUUACAACACACUGAUACCAGCCCUGCACGCUAUUCAUACCUUCUACUGUCCAAAAAAGUCUUCACUUUGCUGAAGGAGAAUUCUGGAAAACUGCUAUAACCCUUCUUAAUAACAUUGCACCAUUUUCUCAGGCAGUCGUCAAAGAACUGUGGGAAAUUUAGGAUAGUUGAUUUAGAUAGAAGGAGGCUUCAGGAAGACUCCUCUUAUCAUGAAUAACUUAAAAGCAUGACUAGAGAUAGGUAACUCUUUAAGCGGUUUCUACUUAAUGAUGGUACCAGGUUUGAUUCAUUGAUUGGAAAUCCACAAUUUGCAUAAAUAUCUUUCAAAAACAUUAUUAUUACCACAAUGGGUACAUUUUUAUGAUGUUGUGACUUUGUCAUUAUCAUUUUCAGCAGCCCCACUGUGAACAUUGCACCACAAUUAUUGUAUUAGUCAGAACUGCUGUAGAAAGGUUGAAU